AUGGCAAAAGAAGAGGAUGAAAAGUGUCUCAAGUGCAUAUUCGUUGGCAACGCGGCCGUCGGAAAGACCUCAAUGAUAGUGAGCUACACAACUAACGCCUAUCCACACAACUACGUGCCAACUGCUUUUGACAACUUUUCGGUUGUGGUUCUGGUUGAUAAAAAACCGAUACGUCUACAACUUCAUGAUACUGCUGGACAGUCCUCGUUCGACACUCUUCGCCCGCUGUGCUACACCGACGCUGACGUCUUCGUCAUUGUUUAUUCAGUCGUCGAUUUACAAUCGUUUGAAGAUGUGUCACAUCACUGGUAUCCGGAAGUCACCAAAAGGAAUCCUGGAACUAAAUUGAUUCUCGUAGGAACUCAAGCUGAUCAGAGGUGGCAAGUACGUGGGGAUACUGUAACUCAGCUGCGUGGCAAGACGUUGGCAGAUAGGAUUGGAGCAGAGUUCUUUGAGUGCUCAGCUCUAACUCAACAUAAUUUGAAGCAGAUGUUUGACGCCGCCAUCUUGGCCGGGCUCGAGGGGAAGAAAAGCAGAGAAAAGAAAUCGACUUUCUACACGAAAUCUUCGAAAAUAAAAGAGCGUGUUGCUAAAUUUAUCACUCGUACUCGUAAUCUUAUCUGA